AUAUGCCUGAUAAAAAAAUUAAACCAUAUAAAUAAUUAAAUUUAAUUUUGAUGAUUAAAAUAUGAUUUACAAAGUAUUCAAAUAUAUAUAUAUAUAUAUAUAUAUUUUAUAAACCUUAAUAUUCCCUUUAAUUUUUUAUCAAAACACAUAUUGCAUACAAUUGUGUCUUCAUCCUUUUUAAAUUUUUUCAUACAUUUUUCACAUGAUAGUUAUCUUCAACCACUUUUUGAACAAAAUGCAAUUUUUUUUGCAUGAUAUAUAAUUUUUUUCCUAUUUAAGACAUAAUAUUAAAAUUAUUAGUUUAUAAUUUUAAACAAUUAUAAUUUGUAUGUUGGUAAUUGUUAUUUUGUAUAUUUAUCUACCUGCUUUAUUUAUUGAAAAUGAAUAUUCAGAAAAUUGAAUAUUGUAAUAAAUAUAUGUUGAUUUACGUUAAUAUGACAUGUCUCAUUUAUAAUAUUUUUUUUUUAAUUUUUGGGAGAGUUCUCAUAAAAUACCAACACUUAUUAUAUAAACUAACACAUUACUUAAAUAAAACCUAUAUUUUUUAAAGCAAUCCCAUUUUGAGAUGAAAAGACACUUUGUUUAGAUGGAAAAAUUGCAACUUUGACAUUAUUUUUUUCACCAUUUUAUUAUUAGUAGAUUAGUGAAAAUUUGAUUUGAAAAAUGUAUGGGAGAGACUAUUUAUAGAUUUUUUAAAGCCUAUUUGAAUAGUCACAACUCUUCAAUAUGAAUAGUUGCAUUCUUGUAACACUCACAACUUCUCAUUUUUUAAAAGAUACUAGUGAAUAGUCACAACUUUUAAACUAUUUUUAGAAGGACACAACCUUACAACAUAUAACUUUUAGAAAAGACACAACUCUCUACACAUAUUUUUCAAAAGACACAACCUUUCAACAUAAUUGAAGUUCACAACCUUAGGAAUUAAUUGGAAAAGACACAACCUUACUACAUAGAACUUUUAGAAAAGACACAACCCUUUACACUACUUUUUCAAAAGACACAACCUUUCAACAUAAGUGGAUUCACAACCUUAGAAAUUAAUUGUAAAAGACACAACCUUCCAACAUAGAACUUUUAGAAAAGACACAACCCUUUACACUUCUUUUUCAAAAGACACAAUCUUUCAACAUAAGUGGACUCACAACCUUUGGAAUUAAUUGAGAUUGCUAUUAUUAGUAGAUAUAAUUUUGCCAAAAAGAACAUCAUAUAAUACAACUAGCUAUGAUGUUUAUCUCCUUACCUUUUUGGGUUCAAAUAUCUUCAUACUAUUGUUUACUUAAUUGUUCUACUCAUUAAUUAAAAUCAAGGAGAUGUUUCAUUGCCGUCGAAUUAGGUUUUACAGGCGGCGAUGCAAUUAGUGAAUGAUGUCAUUGUAUCUAAGGAAACUUUUCUUUGUUGGUUGGCGGUAACAUAGGAUUCGUUAUAAGAAGUGUAAUGUAGUUGUUGUUUAAUGGUUGUUCGCUGUAUUGAUUUUCAGUUUCCUAUGUUUUGAUUACUAAAGUUGAUUGUAUUUAACGGGAGAUAAGACGAACAUAAUCAAUAAAUUUUGCACAUAAGGUUAGUUGGGAUUGGGUGGCACUUGGUAGUUCGGUCAUUUUAUUGGCUUUCUCUAUAUUUCUAAAUCAAACAAUCUGUCGUAUUGGUAUAUAUAUACAUAAUACAUGCCGUAGCAAAACAGCAAAACAUAAACUAUGGAUUAAUAAACAAUUUGAUACUGUAUAGUGUUCUUAUUUAAUGCAUUUUACACGUUUCUAGCCUUCUUCUGUCCAAUAGAUGUUCAGAGGUGAGACAUACGUAUGUACAUGGUUAUGUACUAUAAAUGUCGAUGUAUAUGAAUGCUUGUAUAAAUGUUUAUAUAUAUUACUAAUAUUAUGUGAAGUGAUUUCAUUCACCUUAUAAGUUUAUUACAUGUUCUUCUAGCUCCUACUUAAAGUAAGUCGGUCACAAAUCAACAUAAGAAGAAAACACUAUUUCAAUACCUUCGGCUUUCAAUCAAGAGAUUUCAUCUCUUAGCUUAAUUUAUACAUGCAUCUCGAAAUCAUUGAAGAAUUAGAGUGAUGAUGUAUCCAAAUGCAACUAAAGGCUCAAUAAAUACUCAUAGACACGAUAAUAGAACACAAAACGAACCCUAAAGUCUUUUUUUUUUGGGCAAAACAAGACACAAAAGUUCUGUUAGCAAAACCAUGUUGGCAACAAUUUGUACCCAAUAUAUGGUAUUAGCCACAAAAAAUAGCUGGUUCCAAAUUCGUGGCUAUAUGACUGAAGACUAAUCUCUGGUAAUAAAUCUAACAUGUUAAUGUAUGUGACCAUCAUGAAUUUAGCUUUAGGUAAAUAUGGUUAAAGCGUUAGUAGCUAUUGUCAAAAAAAAAUUCAAAAAAUUCCACCUCGUAUUUUAUUCAUCCCUUCUACGGAAUUUUACAAAAAUACAACUUUAAAUGAUGUGUUUGUUUUCCAAAAUUGCAAUUAAAAUAAAAUAGUAUAAUUAAAUAAUGAUAUACUCUAUAACAACCAACAUAUAGCCCGGAUAGCCGCCUCGGCCAUUCAAAUACCUCCUGAUCAGGCGUAGAUGUUCUAAAGCCAAAUCAACAGAAAAGAAAGAGGAGGUGAAUAUGGCUCGGUCUAACGCCGGAGACGGAGUAGGAACCACCAGAAUGGCAGAGGCUCCUCUGAACAACGAAAUGAUGUUUCAUAGGAGCAUGAGCACCAGCAGCUGUUUGUUCACGGAAGACGAGGAUAUGACUCGUACAGCGCUUUCAGAGUUUAAAGCUAAAGAGAGUGAGAUUGAGAGGAGAAAGAUGGAGAUUCGUGAACGGGUCCAGGCUCAACUAGAUCGGGUUGAAGAAGAAACCCGACGCCUCGCCACAAUACGCGAGGAGCUUGAAUCUCUUGCAGAUCCCACGAGGAAGGAAGUUUUGAUGAUUCGUAAGAAGAUUGAUAGCGUUUACAAAGAGCUCAGACCAUUAAGUUACUCUGUUCAAAAGAAGCAAAGGGAAUACAAAGAAGCAGUUGAUGCAUUCAACGAGAAGAAUUUGGAGAAAAUUCAGCUGAUCACCAAACUCAUGGAGUUGGCUGGAGAAAGCGAGAAUCUGAGGUUGAAGAAGCUUGAAGAUUUGAGCAAGAGCAUUUAGCGAAUGUCUCAAAAACAUACAUGACAAAGAUCAGCCAAGAACUUAUUGGGUUUGGAUUUUUGUUCACUGUGUGAAUUAUGAUGUAUCUUCUUGUGAAAUGUGAAUUUUAUGGGUGUUUUUCUUUGUUUUUAAUUUAUACAAAUCCUGUGUUGCAUAUUAAAAAAAAAAACUGUCACUCUUACAAAAAUAGUAUAUAUAGAUAAAUACCCUUUUCAUGUGAUUUUAGUUAUGUUUUUCAUAUAACGUCUUCAUGACCCAUAUAUGCAAACAAACAAAAUUAUCUUAAUUAAGUUUAGCAUCUAGUUUGGGAAAUUGGUGAAUUUAAUCUGUAUACUUACAGUAGCUUUUGGGUGAUUAUUCAAUAUUAAUGUCUAACUAGCGAUGGGGACUAUAUUCUAUUAUGCAAAUCUUAUUGAUAAAUACAUACACAAAGGUUCAAAAUAUUUGUUCCUCUCAAUAUUAAAGAAGAACCAAGCGAGAAAUUAUGAAGGCUUUUCAAAAAUCAU